UGCUGGGGGAGGAAACCUCAAGGAACCUGAGGGAAAGAGGAAGUUCUGCUGGAAACGUCCUGUAAAGAGGCUCUGAUGUCCGGACAGCGGGAGGGAGAGCCCCGGCAUGAGGAGCAGGUUCCUGUGAUCUAGGAUUGUCCGAUGACAUCAUCAGUGCCAGAUAAUGGACGGAGACGGGGACAAGAUGGCGGAGAGGAUAUUAGACCUUACCCUGGAGAUACUCCUCCUGCUUACUGGAGAGGAUUACUCCACGGUGAAGAAGACGUCUAGUAAUCUGAUACAUGAGAAGAACAAUGAGAAGAUCCUAGAAGUCGUCCAGAAGAUGAUGGAGCUGAUGACUGGAGAGGUUCCUCUAAGGUGUCAGGAUGUCGCUGUCUAUUUCUCCAUGGAGGAGUGGGAGUAUUUAGAAGGACACAAGGGUCUGUACAAGGAGGUCAAGAUGGAGGAGGACCAGCCCCUCACAUCUCCAGAGAGAUCCAGUCAGAGGACAACACCAGAGAGUUGUCCCCGUCCUCUCCUUCCACAGGACAGUCAGUCUCUGGCUAUGGAGACCACUGGUGGGAAUAAGGAACCAAUAGGUUUAUGUCCCUGAGAGGAACGAGUCCGGACGCGUCUGGUAGAAGCCGAUCUACUCCACGUAAACCACCUGCAGCAUGUCCGGCCGUGCUGAGGAUGCAUGUGUACAAGGUUAUUGGCUGUGAGCCGGCAUCUAAUAUCUAGGUCCAGCCUCUGGGAGACCUGCAGCCAUUAGGCUCAGACGACGACUGUUGUCGGGUCAUUUGUGGUUGUCAUGAUGAUUAAAGGGGUUAUUACAUAACAAGUAUCACAGUGCAGUGAAUG